UGCAGUCCGUUUCAAAACUUGUAGGGACAUGAUCGUUAGUCAGACUCAGGAGAUCCACUGUUAGACAGCUGAUAGAUAUUGAUAUAUAAAAAUUGUUGAUUUUGAUUUACUGAUGGUUAUUGGAUCGAGCUGGAUAGGGCGCACAUAUAAUGGGAAACACUGCUACGUUGUCUUACAGCUUUAUCUGCUAACUUUAGAAGAGAGUUGAGAUCGAUGUGCAUUGGACCAUACCGGCAAAAAAACGACUAUUUUCCCAUUUAAAGACAUUUCUUCAGGAUGGAGAAUGGGGUCGAAUCCUCCAAAGGAGAGGGCUUCCUCUCCAGAAUGGCCCUCAACGACAACAAGGCUGGUAUGGAGGGUCUGGACAGGGACAAGAUCAACAAGAUCAUCAUGGAGUCGUCCAAGGGAUCAAGGUUUUAUGAGAAUGAGCGGAAGAGAGAGCAGCAGGUGAACCAGCGCAUUGAGAAAAUGAUGCUUCAAAAGGCACAGAUCACAGAUCAGCAGCUAAAGACGGCUCAAGCUCAAGUGGACAGGUUGGCCUCAGCGCUGGAGAGUGGUCGUGAUCUAAGCCGUGCGAUUGUGCAUGUGGACAUGGACGCUUUCUACGCUGCUGUGGAGAUGAGAGACUGUCCUGAGCUGAAGGACAAACCCAUGGGUGUAGGAUCCAUGAGCAUGCUGUCAACAUCUAACUACCAUGCCAGGAAGUACGGGGUCCGAGCUGCUAUGCCCGGCUUCAUUGCAAAAAAACUCUGCCCUAACUUAGUCAUUGUUCCAACCAACUUUGAUAAAUACAGAGCUGUGAGUGAGGAGAUCCGGGAGAUUUUUGCCGACUAUGACCCUCACUUCCAGCCAAUGAGCCUGGAUGAAGCCUAUCUGGAUUUCACAGACCAUCUGGACCAGAGGCAGAACUGGCCGGACUCCUCUCGUACACAUCGCUUCCGCACCACCAACACCACCACAGGUGAAGAUCAGAUUGAGUUUCAGCGAGAGGCAACUCCAGAGGUGAUAGACCUGUCUCCAGUGCUGUUUGAGGAUAGCCCCAGCUCCUCUCCCUGCUUGCUGGGCUCUGAAGCUGCUGCUGCUGGUGGUGGUGGUGGUGCUUUCGAGGUGUUUGGGAUGUCUCUGGAGGAAGCUGUGAGAGAGAUGCGCUUCCGCAUUGAGCAGAAGACGAUGCUGACUGCCAGUGCAGGCAUCGCUCCAAACAUGAUGCUUGCCAAGGUGUGCAGUGACAUGAACAAGCCCAACGGCCAGUACAGACUCCCAUCCACCAGAGCGGCGGUCAUGGACUUCAUCCAGAAUCUUCCAAUUCGCAAAGUUUCUGGGGUCGGGAAGGUGAGUGAGAAGAUGCUGAAUGCUCUCAGCGUCAGUAGCUGUUCUCAACUCAGACAGCAGAUGGCGCUGCUGUCGUUGUUGUUCUCUGAGACGGCCUGGCACCAUCUCUUGCAGGUUUCCAUGGGUCUAGGCUCCACAUAUAUACAAAGGCACGAAGAAAGAAAAAGCAUGAGCACAGAGAGGACAUUCAGAGAACUCAAUACAGCUGAGGAGCAGUUUUCUUUGUGCAGGAAGCUUUGUGAAGAUUUAGCAGAAGACAUGAAGAAAGAGGACCUGAAGGGUAAAACGGUGACGCUGAAGCUGAAGAACGUUAACUUUGAGGUGAAGAGCAGGGCGCUGACGCUGCCGUACGCUGUCGCCACGGCGGAUGACAUCUUUGCUGUUGCUAAGGACCUACUGAAAACAGAAAUAGAAAAUGAAAUACCCCAGCCACUCAGACUACGGCUCAUGGGUGUUCGCAUUUCUGCAUUUGUCACCUCUGAUGACAAAAAGCCGCAGCAGAGGAGCAUCAUUAGCUUUCUUCAACCAGGCAAGACAGACUCCGAUGGCUGCGUCAAAGUGAAGCAGCAAAAACCCGAGAGGGAGCAUCUCUCCAGUGGCUCCGUCCAAACCUGCACCGUCGUCUGUUGUCCCCCGACGCAGAAACAGGAGGAAGUUCCCUGGCAGAGCAAGAAAAGGGGGUUAGAAGGAGGCCAGACUGGUGAGGAACCCCAACUGUCUUUCUUCCAGAGGGCCCAUGCUAAAAGAUUACAACUGCAGGUGGCAGGUUCAAGCACACAGGUGGAAGGACACAGGGAGAAUCCGCCUGUAAUUACCUCCGUAGAGUCUGAUGGUGAAAAUAUUGUAGAGCCUUCAACAGAUGCCUGCACGAAUAGCGACUCUGAUCUCCUAGAAAAUGACUUGGAGGCCAAAGCAUCCACAUCAGGCUGUGGUGCCUCAGUGUCAAAGAGCUUCACUUGUCCAGUGUGUUUCAGGCAGGUGGAGACGACAGAUUUAGAUGCCUUCAACAGACACAUAGACCAGUGUCUGAGUGGAUCCUCAAGAAAGCCCAACCAAAGCACAGAUCCGGACUCAGAGUCAGAUUCGGACUUGGAGAGUUACCAAAAAGAACGUGAGGUAAAGGAUAAAUGGAGGGAGGAGUGUGAGGUCAGAGAGGUGGAGGUGAACACAGUCGAUCUUCAACACCAACACAGCUUGAAAACAGAUGAUCCUAUUCAAACUGUCUUGUCGAACAUUGACAAUAAAACUGCGACCUCGCAACAGCCUCAGUUGUGCAGUGUCCUCAUGUGCCCGGUGUGUCAGCUGACCCAGGACACAGACGACCUCACCGUCUUCAACCGCCACGUCGACCUCUGCCUGAACCAGGAGGUCCUGAAUGAGCUGGGGGGACGCACGUCAUCGCCCAUAAAUCCACCUUCAGUAACAAAUGGCAAGGCCACAGACAACAGAUACAAAAAAGGUUUCUAUCCAUCUGUUCCUGUUCACAGAGAGAGGCUCCCUCCUGCCAAGGCAAGCAAGUAGAGGCAAAAACAAAAGACAGGACUGUCCUUCCUCUUCUCCAUCAAAGAGGGCUAAAGGCUCCGGUCCUGUCAACACCAUUGACAGGUUCUUCAGGUGACAUCAUGCGCACAGCCUUAUCUGGAGAACCAGGGAAAGUUUUCUCCACGUUCCCUUGGUUUCACUGCACAGGUUUCAGUCGUGCUGUGGACUCUCCAACUCAAAGUGGAUGUCCCACAUCCAUCCCUCCAUCAUCUGUACCACUUCUCCUUUGAGGGUCAAGGGGGGGAGUUGGAGCCAAUCCCAGCAGGAGGUGGACAAGAGGCGGGGUACGCCCUGGACAGGUCAGCAGCGUAUCCCAGGGCCAACAUACAGAGACAAAUAAUUUAUUCAAGAUUCAAAAUUCAAGAGUUUACGCGGCGAGAACAUGCAAACUCCUCACAGAAAGACCACGGCCGAAUCAGGAUUCAAACCGGGAACCAUCCUGCUGUGACACAACAGUGCUAACCACCAUUGAUCAAAGAUAUACGUUCUUCAAAAAAACUGCAUUUGUAUUUAAAAUCUCUGAAAUAAGGAAAUACGCAUUUGCACUAAUGAGCCUUAUUUUUUCGUUUACACAAAAUGAAAUAUGACAAACACAAUCUUUUGUUUUAAGUCUGGCAAAUUAAUAGAGAUUUUUGAUGACCUUGUUGUCUCUCGAUGCCAGUUUCAUGUCAAUUGCAUAUGUUCCUGAAAAUGAGCCUCGUGUUUUUUAUAUGACUGUAUGCUUGAAAAUUAGGAUAUUUAUUAAACUCUAUUUUCAAAUCUUUUUUGAGUUAUUUUACUCUGAUAUUUCCAGUUGUAUUUAUCCAGUUGUAUUUAUUACAUGUUCCAAUGAUAAUAUUAUAUAUUUAAUAAUAUAGAUAAGAGAAUCCUUCUAUCAUGUAAAUCAAUGUGGCAAUAAAUGACAACA